GGCUGGCGAGCAAUGGCCACUUGUGAAUUGAUUUGGGCCAUUGUGUGUUCAGUCCAACCUACAACUCAUACAUAUAAAGCAGUUGAUUGUUGUCGCCCCUUUCGCAAACCCUAGAAAUCUGAGUCUCUAAUACCCAAAUCCAAAUCUCACGGUAUCAAAAUGAAGGUUGUAGCUGCAUACUUGUUAGCUGUGCUGGGUGGUAACACUUGCCCAACUAAUGAUGAUAUCAAGAAUAUUCUUGGCUCAGUCGGAGCAGAUGCUGAUGAUGAUAGGAUUGAAUUGCUACUGUCUGAGGUCAAAGGAAAGGAUAUCACUGAAUUGAUCGCAUCUGGAAGGGAGAAGUUGGCUUCAGUUCCUUCAGGUGGUGGUGGUGGUGCUGUAGCUGCAGCCGCUCCUGGUGCUGGUGCUGGUGGUGCCGCACCUGCUGCUGAGGCAAAGAAAGAGGAGAAAGUAGAAGAGAAAGAAGAGUCGGAUGAUGAUAUGGGCUUCAGUCUCUUCGAUUAAGUUAAAUAUUUGUUUUUACGUCUCUUGGAUUGUAUUGAGUAAUGGCUUUUGUCUUUUAGACUUAAGAGGUUAAAUACCGACUUUUUUCUCAUAAACUAUUAAUAUGUUGAGUUUUAGAAUUCCUUUCUCGCGAA